UCCGACCAGUGGGGAGGAAAGUAUGUCGUCACAGCAUUAUCGGCUGCUGAUUCCUCGAGACCCCGAAAUUUACAAAUGCGCUGGGAUGGGGAUUUAGUGACUAGACCGCAAUUUGUGCGCUCUGAGUCGCUCAAUUGUCCAUGCUGAUCAUUUGAUUCUCCUCACCCAAUCCAAUGCAACCACACACGGAUCUCAUGACCCUUUCCUCUGCUAGGCUGGGUCUCCUCUUCCACGAGCUUUUCUAAAAUCAGCAUUGGGAAUGUCAAGCAUCACGCCCGUUUACAAGUCCUCAGUCACCAUCUUGUAGCCUCGAUUGACAUCAGCUUCUUGGCUCGCAGCCGCCGGCCGUACCAAUGCCUCCCGCCAAAUUGAAAACGAACCACCACGACGACUCCAAGUCGGAGACACCGAACAGCAGAGAAAAGAACAGCCAUGUGACAAAAGACAACCACCACACGAAUGGCGGAACAAAGAUGCGUCGGGUCGCCAGUUCGGCCGGCUCAAACCUGCGAGAAGUGACUUUAGUCAACGGUCAUUCGGCCGCUGCCAUCGCACCACCACCUGUGGCACCACCAGCUGCUCCUCCUGGGCUCGACUGGUCUUCGUUCGACCGAGAAGUACUCCACGACUACCGCCGCGAACACAACCUCGAUACCCCGACUGCCUUUACCCAUGACUACCACAAGACUGUGCUCUCACGACCCGGUGGAAUUGGGCUUUAUUCCCCUUCGAUGGCCCGGAGACGAGAGUAUAGGAGACAGGGCAAAAAUGAACUCACCCAGGUCGUGAGAAAGCACUUCAACGGGUUGGGGGUCCAAGAAAACGAGGUUGUGGUCAACUUCUUACACAGAGUCAAGACUCCUGGGGUUUACAGGCCGCGGAGGAACAAAAACUUACCUCACGCAUCACCAAUGCCAUAAUGUCUAUUAUAAUGAAGGGUUGGGAGUUCUGGAUUGGUAUAUACGCCGGGAUCGGUCGUGUCUGACACUGGCUUUUCCAGCAUCUUGCAUACUAAUGAUAUGGGGGUUUGGGGAGUUCUCGGGCGCAAAAAUACAGGUAGCAUGGGUUAGGGACCUCGAUUUUUUAUAUUUCUUUUUAUUUUAUCUU